UGAAUGUCAAAUUGAUAAACAGGUGAUUUUGGCAUUUGUCCAUUAGAGUUUUAAUUUGUUUGUGUAACAUGAAGUCGAUAAAUUGACUAUUUUAACAUUAUCUACGUGAAAUUAAAGAAAACAAUCCUAUUUACUGUAUUUGAAAAUGUUUCGAAAUACUUUAAAAUCGCAUAUUAUAUCAAAAAACAUUGACAUACAACGAUGUAAACACACAGCCAAACUUGAUGCGAUUAGAGAGAAACUUCGAGAAGGUCCAAGUUUUGCCGACUUUGUGUCCGAAGAUCGUCCAAAGAACUGGGAUGAUUAUCAAGGAAAGCUAAAGCGGCAGAAAGGAGAGGCUGAGAGGUUGCGGCUUCCGCCAUGGUUGAAGACUACCAUACCUACAGGCUCUAAAUUUAGUGAGCUCAAAGAGCAACUACGUAGUUUGAAGCUAAGCACAGUGUGCGAGGAGGCUCGGUGUCCUAACAUAGGAGAGUGUUGGAGCGGCGGCAAAAAUGGCACUUCUACAGCUACUAUUAUGCUGAUGGGCGACACGUGCACGCGCGGUUGUAUGUUCUGCUCGGUGAAGACGUCGCGCGCGCCGCCGCCGCUGGACGCGCACGAGCCGCGCAACACCGCACAUGCCAUCAAUCAGUGGGGGCUCGGGUACAUCGUGCUCACCUCUGUCGACAGGGACGACUUACCUGACGGCGGUUCCUCACACUUCGCUGAAACGGUUAGAGAAAUCAAACGACAGAACAAAGAGAUCCUAGUGGAGUGUCUGGUGCCGGACUUCAGGGGCAACCGUGAGUGCAUCGAGACCAUUGCUAAUUGUGGCCUGGACGUGUUCGCACAUAACGUGGAGACGGUCGAAAGACUCACGCCGUUCGUCAGGGACCCUCGGGCAGGAUACAAACAAACAAUGAAAGUUCUUCAAACAGCUAAGGAAAUCAAUCCAGACCUGAUCACCAAGUCGUCAAUAAUGCUUGGUCUGGGUGAAACAGAUGAGCAAAUUGAACAAACUAUGAAAGACCUCCGCAACGCCGGCGUGGACUGCGUCACCCUCGGCCAAUACAUGCAACCGACCAAAAAACACCUAAAAGUCUUCGAGUACGUCACUCCAGCGAAGUUCAAACACUGGGAGAUCCGAGGCAAUGAGCUGGGGUUCCUGUACACAGCCAGCGGACCGCUCGUCAGAUCCUCGUAUAGAGCCGGAGAGUUCUUCAUCUCGAGUCUGCUGAGGGACAGGAAGGCAAAGAGUCAGUGACAUGAGUAGAUCUGACGGACAUGCGUUUCAACUGUAGUGAGUGGUGUAGUCUGCCCCUAAGAAAGUGACUCGUAUGUCGAAGUUUUUGAUUGGCCGAGAGAUCAAUGCGUCACUCAUGUGCUAGGGGCCGUUCAAGUAUUACGUAGCGCAAUUUUUGAAGAUUUUUGACCCCCGCACCCCGCCAUGUAACGCGCCGUAACGUUUUCCUGUACGCCCCGUCCCCUCUCCAAAAAUUACGUAACUCUAAAGUGCCAUUUUUUUUUGUAAUAUUCUCAAUUAUUUUACGCAAAAUACCGGAAAGUCGCUUAAAUACCUUUGUUAUUGUUUUAAAAUAAAAAAAAAACAAUGUUCCAUAACGCUUUGUACAAGAUCCCUCCCACCCCAAAUUGUAUUACGUAAUACUUGAACGGCCCCUUAGUCUCUCAACCAAUCCCAAAAAUGACACGGAGUUGUGUCGUGUUUUUUGCCACACUCUAGGCACUGGUCUGGUUUUAGUAGAGCGGAGAUGAAUUGCAUAUAUUUUAGCAUUAGUUGUAUAUCUUAUAUAGAAACUCGUGUACACGUUGACUUUUAGCGAAUCGUACUCCGGACUCAAUCGAUGUAUAUACUUUUGUAUAUUAGUUUUAAAAAUGCCGAGAGACACAACAUUAGUCGAUAUCGAUUCAAACUGCACUGUGGUCAAAAUUCGUUAUACAUAUUAUAUAUAUUAUGAAUCUCCUCUCCGUUAGCAUUUUCAUAUUGAGCUAAAUAAUAAUGUGUUUCAUAUCAUUAUAUCAUUUAUUAAGCUCCUUACUGUAUGCUCUCCUUCGGUGGAAACGCAUCCUAAACCUAUAUGUGAGUACGCUAGGACUUUGGAAGACGAGUAAAUUAAUAAGUAAAUGUCUAGUAAAAAUAAUAUGGCAGGUUUUUAUGUUUAAUAUUGUACGUUGUUUUACAGAAUGCAGUAAACGAUAAAAUAGAGCAACGUUUUUGUCAAAGUAGAAUCAAAAUUGGCUAAAAAUGUAAAUAAUACUAAUUGACUUUGGUGUUGUUUUUUUUUACGUUUUCUUCGUACUUUUGAGACUUAAACAUAUGUUAACAUAAAAAUAUAAUAAUCAUACUUACUGAUCGACUAUAGUCUUAAGGUCUAUUUUCAAACGACUGCAAUCGCUUUUUUCGAUCUAUCACAAAAAUGGACCAAUCAGAACAAAGUAUUUUUGACAUGCUCACAAAUGAGUUAUUUUAUUAGUUCAUUCUCGGAAUCGGAUUGGAGAUUGAGAUUGAGAUCGUUUAUUGGAAACAUCUGUUAGCUUAUCUUUAUAAACGAUUUGUGAUGUAAAAAUGUUAUUUUUGUAUACCUCGUAAUGUAAAAAUAAGCUUAGUAACUUGAAUACUGUUCUACCCAUUAAUAAAUUAUGUAAAAAUUUAAGAGGAGGGUAGCUUACACCCAGUACUUAUUAAUUGCCAUUUUAAAUAAUUGAUUCCAAUCGCUUUUUUUAUCUAUCUCAAAAAUGAACCAAUCAGAACAGAAUGUUUGUGACAAACUUACAAAUGAGUUAUUCUGAUUGGUUCAUUCUCGAAAUCGGAUUGAGAUUGGAAUCAUUUAUUGAAAACUCAACGGAAAAUUUAUUCUCCAUUCAUUUAUUACAAUAUCAAAGUUAUAUUUUGAAUUUUGUGUUAUAAAUACUACGUAGAGGAUUAUGCCAUGCUUAUGAAAAAAACAUAAAACUUCGAGUUUAGAAUCCCCAACGAACAUUUAGCUCUCGCAUUGCUUUCAAUUGUUACAAGAAUAAUCACUAGAAAAAUGUGUUGUCAUAUUUAUUAUUUUGUUAAUAAAUAAAUCAUUGUUACACA